UCGUGUUUAUCCGCUGGGGGUGCGACAGAUUAAACUAGUGCGAGAAGUGAGCGCAUUGGAAUUAGUAUUUGAGACAUUUUUUUUAUUUUUUUUUUACAAAUUUGAAAGUACAGAAGAACUUUAGAAAUAAGGACUCUCUUAAACCACUUGUUUAUUGUUGUUUUUUUCUUUGCCGGGAAAUUAAAGUUGGCCUGUCAAGAUAUCACUCCUCUCUGCCUCCAUUCUGUCCUUUCUAGUCUCUAUAUCCCGUCUGCUCCUCAUCAUGGCUGAGCCCGCCGAGCUGCUGCUCAUCAAGGACCAGUACGAGUUGGCGUUUCAUUCUCUGAGCCGUGGGCAGGCUGCUGAAGAGGCAGGGAAAGGAGUGGAGGCCCUGGAGUAUUACAGGAAAGGUCGGCAGCACCUUACCCAAGGAAUGGAAGUUCCCACUGGGGGGGAGAGACAGCAGGGAGCGGCUUGGGACACGGCCAGGCAGCUUCAGCAGAGGAUGAGCGACACUCUGAGAACUGUUAACUCCCACCUCUCGAAUCUGGAGACCUCUCCACUGACAACAGGAAGCCAGAGGGGCUGCCUGUUGAUGGAUCUUCCACCCAAUCUUUAUCCAGACCUGGCACCCAACAGUCAGCCUCCCCAAAGCUCCCUCCACCAUUUGUACCCCACAAUACCUGCCACCACGCAGAAUAAAACCCCAAGCCCUAAAACACCCUCUGUCAGGCCUCCUUCCCCUGCUGCUCUGCACACACACACGCUCCCUGCAUCAGGAACUAUAGCCAUGGCUAAUCCAGGGGACCAGCCUCCAGCAUACACACCACAGCCAACAGUCGGCCACCGCAGUCUGGCUUAUGGUCCCGGUAGAGGUGGCCUCGAGUCAGGAAAACAGACUGGAGCAGCCGCAGGAGGAGAUGGAAGUGAAAUGCUUUUCAUCCCCUCCGGGGUGCAGAUGUUUUUCGUGGCACCAAAUGGGCAGGUCAGCUCCCUGUCUUCUCCAGGAUACCUUCGCAUUAUGACGUUUGACAGUCAGCACAAGACUGAAAGACCCUCUGCAUUUUUACAUGUGUGUGACUGGCUGUACCCACUGACCGCAGACACUCCAGUGCUACUGGCUAACUCUGGGAUCUUCAUGUUCCCUGACUCACUGGCAGAGACGCCGGGGUCCUACGUGGGCAUAGUGCUGUCUUCUGAACUGCCUGCUGCUGACCGAGAGACAUUUAAGGACCUCCUAACGCAGCUGGCUGAACUCAGGAUCCAGGGUCCAGAGGGGGCAGGGUCGGAGGUCAUCAACCUGAGUGAGAAAAUCCACCUUGGUCCCCUGAAAGAGCAAACAGGUCUGACAGUGCCGACAGGAGAGAAGGAAAAACCACCCCUUCCUGGGUGGAGUGAGAAAAUGGCACAAGGAAUCUUGUCAGGAGCUGCAAAGCUAAGUGUUGAGUUUGUAAAAGGAGCAGAGGCCACUGGUAGGGCCAUUCAUAAAGGAGCAGCCAAGAUCCGUGACCACAUCACACCUGAGGAAACGCCUUCAGAGGUCAGCCCUCGUGUCACCAAAGGUCUGCAGGUGGCUAAACAGGCCACCGGGGGUGCUGUGCGAGUCAGCCAGUUCCUGGUUAAUGGAGUGAGUACGGUGGCAGGACAUGUGGCAGAGAAGAUGGCGCCCCAUGUGAAGAAACAUGGCACUAAGCUGGUCCCAGAAUCUAUGAAGAGCAAAGACGGCCGUGCCUCCAACUUAGAUGGAGCUAAGUUUGUGGCAGCCAGCAGCGUACAUGGUUUCUCUACGGUUUGGUCUAGUCUGGAGACUGGAGCAAAGCUUGUUGGCAAAAGUGUUACAUCAGAGACUGUCUUGACUAUGAAGUACAAGUAUGGUGAUGAUGCAGGCCAAGCCACAGACACUGCUCUGAAGUCAGUGGUCAAUGUUGGUGUGGUUGCAUACAACAUUGACAAUCUGGGCUUCAAAGCCUUCCUGAAGACAACAGGCAAGGAAACAGCCAAGGCCAUGGUAAAAAGACCGAAUGGAGAGCCAGCAGGAAGUGAGGGGAAGGAGGCACAGAAACCAGAACAUCAAGCGGAGACGAAUGAGAAGGGUGUGCUGAAGAAAGAGGAGGAAGAGAAGAAAAAAUAGCACACUGGUGUUUUACCUGAAGAUCUCUGUCAAACUGAUGGAUCAGCACCUCAUUGCAGGCAGAAACUAUGUGAAUGAGCCUAGGGCAAAGUGCAAAAUCACUUUUAAAGUUGUUAAAUACUAAGUUAUUUAUAUCUCAAGGUUGGUCAGGGGUGGCUAUAUUGCUUUUGUGUCACAAAAAAAAGUUACUGUAAACUUUCACACAAAACUACUUAUUUUUAUUAUUGUAUUGUAUUAUUAUAUUAAUUUAUUGUUUUUUUUGCUAUGUUCUUUUAUGUAUAUAUUUUGUGUAUGUUUUGUAUCUGACAAAUAGACAAUAUUGACCACCUGGAUGUUGAAACCUGUGUGAAAGUGGCCAUAAUAAUGUUUAAUACCAUAACAAAUAUUAAAAUUCAUUAUAGCUUUGA